AUCGUCCAUCGACGUCGGUAAUUUUCCCUCACAGUUUUUUCCUGGUUCGACAGAAUUUUGGCUGCUCCAAAGCAAAACUAGGAAACCCAACAAGAAAGCCCCAAAAAAAGCAGCAAUGGGUCAGCGGCGUCGUUGGUGUGGCAGACCUUCUUCUCCUCCAUUAUCGUCGUCUUCUUCGGCUUCACCCCCUACAAAUUACUAUCGCUUUCAACACCACCUCAACCCUCUCAUUCUGAUCUGGGUUGUACCUGAGCAAGGUACAUCCAUAUCUCCUCUUCACCUCCACGCUUCCCUUGACCUCCCUUUUUCAAUUUAGUUGAUUGGAUUUGGAUUACCCUCCAUUCCAUGCUUGCCCUUGAAUCUCCUACCUCAGGUUUCUACCGCAAUUGUUAGGGUUUGGUCAGGGCUGUGGCGUGUUGGAGGAUCUCUGCCAUACCCAUUUACGAAACUUAGCCCAGUAUGCCUCCGUUUAUAUUCUUCCACCGGGCAAGGGAAACUUUCGCAGCCGAUGCGUUGGGGUUAGAAAUAUUGGAAAUUGCAAUUCCAGCUGCACUGGCUUUGGCAGCAGAUCCCAUUGCUUCUCUGGUUGACACUGCUUUCAUUGGCCAUAUAGGUCCUAUUGAGCUAGCGGCAGUUGGUGUUGCAAUUGCCGUGUUCAAUCAAGUGUCAAAGAUUGCAAUAUUUCCAAUCGUCAGUGUCACAACUUCUCUGGUCGCUGAGGAAGAUGCCAUUGCAACAUUGAGUUCUGAUGAACGGGAGAGUAUAGAAUUACUAGAUACUUCUCCUACUAGUGUCAAAGAAACAGAUGAAUUGUUACCCAAACAUGGUGCAUCACUUGAUUUUACACCAUCGUCAGCCUCUAGCUUCAAAAAGGGACAGUUUGAGAAAAGACACAUCCCAUCUGCUACUUCAGCGCUGGUUGUUAGUUGUGUACUUGGUUUGGUCCAAACUAUGUGUCUCACCAUUUUUGCUGAACCUGUUCUCAUGUACAUGGGUGUGCAUAAGGAUUCUCCUAUGCUAAUGCCUGCACGAAGAUACUUAGUCUUGAGGUCACUCGGUGCUCCUGCAGUUCUUUUUACUUUGGCUAUGCAAGGGGUUUUCCGGGGAAUCAAGAACACAAGAACUCCUCUAUUCGCUACAGUUGUGGGAGAUGCCACAAACAUUGUCCUAGACCCCAUAUUCAUAUUUUUAUUCCGAUUGAAUGUCAGUGGAGCUGCCAUUGCACAUGUUAUUUCUCAGUACGUGAUGUCCCUGCUCCUUCUGUGGAAAUUAGUUCAACAAGUUGAUAUAUUACCUCCAACAGUCGGCGAUCUGCAACUCGGUCGCUUUCUCAAAAGUGGAUUCUUGUUGCUAAUGAGAGUGAUAGCUGCAACAAUUGUUGUUACCCUGGCAGCUUCUUUAGCCACCAGGACUGGACCAACUGCAAUGGCAGCAUUUCAGGUUUGCUUGCAGAUUUGGCUGGCAACCUCCUUGCUUGCUGAUGGCCUCGCUGUGGCUGGACAGGCAAUCAUUGCAAGUGCUUUUGCAAAGGAAGACCUUGACAGGGCAGUGGACACUUCUGCUCGUGUGCUACAAUAUGCUGUGGUUCUAGGGGUAGCACUCGCCGUCAUCCUCUAUCCUGGGUUGUAUUAUGGUGGAAUAUUAUUUACCAAAGAUGAGGAUGUCUUGAGACUUAUUAGACUUGGUGUCCCGUUUGUUGCAAUAUCUCAACCUGUCAACGUUUUAGCCUUCGUCUUCGAUGGAGUAAACUUUGGAGCAUCUGAUUUUGCAUUUUCUGCAUACUCGAUGAUCUUUGUGUCAUUCAUAAGUAUAUUUUGCCUCUCUAUGCUGACUGUGGGCCAAGGAUUUAUCGGCAUCUGGGUUGCUUUGACCUCGUUCAUGACUAUGCGUACGUUGGCUGGCUAUAUUAGGAUAGGAGCUGGCGUUGGACCUUGGAAGUUUCUGAGGACAAAUGCAUGAACAUGAAGACCAAAUUUCUCCAGUUUCAUUACUAGUAUUAUCAUGAUCUGGGGUUAAAACACAGAGUAGCCUGAUUGCAGCACGAACCGACUCAAUGGAAUUCGACUGCUGUACAUAUUGCAGAAGAUGGGCAAUAUGUAGGGUACAUGAAGUUACUGAGAACUCUUUUUGUUCUAUUUGGAGCAUUCAUUGUUCAAUUCUUUGAUUGUUUUCUUGCAAGUUUUGUGCUCUAAAGGAGAGGGAGAAAAGAGGGGGGAUAUGGUGAACUGUAAUUGUAAUGCUACUUAAACGUUUGCUUGACUAAGCAAACAUUUGUACUUUCUUUGCUAACUAAUUGAACCAAGUUCGUGAGUGGGUCAUUAUAUUGAAUUAGUUUAACUGAUUCAAGCCCUCACAACUUUAUAUUAUUUGGUUGACUCAAAUGGGUGUCAAAUCUAAUAACCAACUUCUCCG